AUGGCUUCAGAAAAGGCUGCUUCUACUGCUAACCAACGUGAGGACUCACUUGCAUUAGUCCUUGAUGAACAGCCUCAACCUCUUGCUGUUGCACCAAUAAUAUCAUCAUACAAUGAGAAGAUUCGUCCUGUUCUUGAUGCCGUCGAAAACCUGAGGCGACUUAACAUUGCUAAAGAGGGAAUACAACUUCCAACAAUUGUUGUUGUUGGUGAUCAAUCCUCUGGAAAGUCCAGUGUACUUGAAUCUCUUGCUGGAAUCAGCUUACCCCGUGGCCAAGGCAUUUGCACCAGGGUCCCUUUGAUCAUGAGGCUCCAAAACCACCCUCUCACAAAGCCAGAACUUAUUUUGGAGUUUAAUGGCGAAACCAUUACAACAGAUGAAGAACAUAUAUCUGAUGAAAUUAACAGUGCCACGGAGAAGCUUGCUGGUCCUGGUAAAGGGAUUUCCAACAAUCCAUUGACUCUGUUGGUGAAGAAGAACGGUGUACCUGAUCUUGCAAUGGUUGAUCUUCCCGGCAUUACUAGGGUGGCUGUUCAUGGACAACCUGAGAACAUUUGUGACCUAGUUAAAGAUAUUAUCAUGGAGUACAUUACUCCUGAUGAAAGCAUCAUCUUGAAUUUUCUUUGUGCCUCUCGAGAUUUCACCACUAAUGAGUCCAUUAAGAUGUCACAGACUGUGGACAGCAAUGGAUUGAGAACACUUGAUGUGGUAACAAAGGCUGACAAGUCCCCUGAAGGCUUGUUAGAGAAGGUGACUGCUGAUGAUGUAAAGAUAGGUCUUGGUUAUGUUUGUGUCAGAAACCGCAUUGGAGAGGAGUCUUAUGAGGAAGUAAAAAAGUCAGAACUAAAGCUGUUUGAGUCUCACCCACUUCUUUCCAAAAAAGACAAAUCUAUUGUGGGUAUUCCUGUUUUGGCAAAAAAGCUUGUUCAGGUUCAAGCAAUGAUCAUAUCUAAAACUUUGCCAGAGAUUGUUAAGAAAAUCAAUGAGAAGCUUGCAAAUAACUUAUCUGAGUUAGAUAAAUUGCCGGCCAACUUAACUUCAGUUGCUGAUGCCAUGUCCGCUUUCAUCCAUAUCAUUGGGUUGUCCAACGAAUACCUUAAAAAAAUUCUUCUAACAGGAGAUUUUGGGGAGUACCCUGAAGAGAAAGACAAGCAUAUGCAUUGCACUGCUCGCUUGGUGGAAAUGCUUGACUCUUGCGCAAGUGAUCUUCACAAUUGCCCUGCAAGUGAUCCUACCAAGGAUUUUCUGAUGGAAGAGAUAAAGGUGCUGGAGGAAGCCAAGUUGAUUGGUCUACCAAACUUUAUGCCGAGAUCUGUUUUUCUUACUAUACUCCAGAGGAAAGUAACUGCGAUUGCACAUAAACCAAUUGAUUUUGUUGAAAAAGUAUGGGACUAUCUAGAAACUGUCGUGAUUUCUGUUCUAAUGCUUCAUUCGGGAAACUAUUAUCAGCUUCAGGUUUCAACAAGAAGAGCAGGGAAGAAAGUUAUUGCUAAGAAGAAGGAAAAUUCAAUCAAACAUGUGCUAGAAGCUAUAGAAAUGGAGAAGCACACGGAUUACACUUGUAAUCCUGAGUACUUGCAGGAAUAUGAUAAGCUGAUAUCCCGUCAAGAUUCUUUUUUGAAUCAAGUAUUGGACACUACUAAAAAUCUGUCAAUAGUAAGGCUUGAAGGUGUCGGGGUAAUUGAUGUUGGUUAUUUGAGGGAUCACCCCAACAUACUAAGUCAAGCCUUUGAUUUGAAGGUGAGAAUGAUAGCUUAUUGGAAGAUUGUGCAGAGGAGGCUGAUUGACUGUAUGGCAUUGCAUUUAAGGAUGAGUAUCAAAGACCUUGUUGACCAUGAGCUGGAAAAGGAGAUUUGCGAUGAUUUCAUGUCUCCAAAGGACGGUGGGAUUGAGAGGCUGUUGGAGGAGUCUCCAUCUAUUUCUGGGAAGAGAGAAAAGCUGAACAGAAGUGUGAAAGUCCUCAGGGAAAGCAAGGAGACUGUGGCAAAUAUCCUGAACAGAAUUGGAAGUUAUGGUGAUAAUUCGUAGUGAUGUUCCCAUGUUCUUGGUGGUGUCCUGGCCUAUAAUCCAGCUAUUCUGUCGUUUUGGAAGUAUUAGCAGUUUGAGGGUCUCCAUUUUUUUUGUUUGGUUUAUGUAUUUUGAAGGUUGU